AUGGCUACCGCAUUGGUCUCUAGGGGCGUUCUCUGGAGUCGUUUCUAUCUCAUCACACUCGGUCUUCGUGUUGUUUGCUUCUUCUUCACCGGCUGGGCUUUCCACAACUACGAGAAAGAACCUUCCGCCCUGAAAAUGGGCAACCGUAUCCCGCUCCGCGACGGCGAAAUCCAACCAACCAAGCUACAAAUGAUGAAGCGAGCUCUCAACAGCAGAGUAACCGUAUUUGCCGCUCUCUUCAUCUUCUCCUACCAAGGCUCCGAGGUCAGUACGUCCGGCUGGGUCAUCUCGUUCCUCAUCGAAGCUCGUGGUGGCGAUCCUGCUAAGGUCGGUUAUGUCACUGCAGGCUUCUGGGGUGGCAUCACGCUGGGCAGAUUCGUACUUUCCCACCUGGCACCGAGGAUUGGCGAGAAGCGCUUCGUCUACAUUCUCACUGUCUUGUCCAUCGCGUUCCAGCUCUUGGUCUGGCUUAUCCCUAACAUUGUGGGCGAGGCUGUUGCUGUGUCGCUUUUGGGCUUGCUGUUGGGUCCGGUGUAUCCGUGUGCCACGACCAUCUUUACCAGGCGGAUGGAUAGGGAUGUACAGAUGACGGCGUUGAGUUUUGUGUCCAGUGCUGGAAGCAGCGGUGGUGCUGUUGCGCCAUUCUUGACUGGAUUGUUGGCGCAGGCUGUGGGUACUUUUGUCUUGCAUCCCAUUUGUAUUGGCUUGUUUGUUGUUAUGGUGGGAUGUUGGUAUGCGAUACCUGAUAAAGUCAAGAGGACGGAGUGA